CCUCUCUCCUCGUUUGUCCGCCUAGAAGAAAAGCCCGCCCCCUGGCCCAUAAGGCCACGGGGCCGGAAGUCUCCCUCUCUCUUCCUGUUCUCCACCAUGGCGCAAGAUCAAGGGGAAAAGGAGAACCCCAUGCGGGAACUGCGCAUCCGCAAGCUCUGCCUCAAUAUCUGCGUCGGGGAGAGCGGAGACAGACUGACCCGGGCAGCCAAGGUGUUGGAGCAGCUCACAGGCCAGACCCCGGUGUUCUCCAAAGCUAGAUACACUGUCAGGUCCUUUGGCAUCCGGAGAAAUGAGAAGAUUGCUGUUCACUGCACAGUCCGCGGAGCCAAGGCAGAGGAAAUUCUGGAGAAAGGCCUGAAGGGUAGGCCAGGGUUCAGCAUCGCAGACAAGAAGCGCAGAACAGGCUGCAUUGGGGCCAAACACAGAAUCAGCAAGGAGGAGGCCAUGCGCUGGUUCCAGCAGAAGUAUGAUGGGAUCAUCCUUCCUGGAAAAUAAACUUUAUCCAAAAAGCCAAUAAAAUUUUCUCAGAAACGCA